AUGUCUGAGGUCAUCCAGCGUUGUUCAGAUUUGCAGUGCGGUACCAAAUGUUCCUCUGGUCUGAAAUGCCCCAUCUGUUUGAAGCAGGGAAUCGAGCAACCAUUCUGCGAUGAGGGCUGCUACAAAAACAGUUACAAAGCACACAAGGCUUUACACUGGAAGGACGACAAACCAGAAUCGUACGACCCGUUCCCAAAAUUCAAAUAUGCCGGUAACCUGAGGGCUGCGUAUCCUCUAACUCCGAAGAGAACCAUCCCAGAAGGAAUUGAACUACCAGAAUGGGCGGAAGACGGUCUUCCCCGUCUAGAACAACGCAACGAUGCAACUAACAAGAUCAUCGUGUACUCCAAGGACGAAAUUAAGAAGAUUCGCAAAGCUUGCAUGCUAGCGAGAGAAAUUCUGGACAUCACCGCGGCCGCAAUCCAAGUCGGCGUUACUACAGACGAACUAGACCGCAUUUGCCAUGAGGAAACAGUAAAGAGAGGUGCUUAUCCUUCUCCGUUGAACUAUUACAAUUUUCCCAAGUCUCUCUGCACAUCUGUAAAUGAAAUUGUGUGUCAUGGGAUUCCCGACCAGACGGUGUUGGCAGAUGGCGAUGUGGUCAACCUCGAUGUCUCGAUUUACGUCUUCGGCGUUCAUGCCGACCUCAACGAAACCUACUAUGUGGGAGAAAAUACGCGGAAGGAGGUCGUCAAUACCGUGGAGACUGCGAGAGAGUGUCUAAAAACCGCCAUCAAACAGUGCAAACCAGGCUCCACGUUUCAGGAGUUGGGUAACUACAUUGAGAAGCACGCUAAAGAGAACAAGUGCUCGGUCGUGAGGACAUACUGUGGCCAUGGUGUUGGUCGGUUUUUCCAUUGUGCUCCCAGCAUCCCUCACUACGCCGGAAACCGCACCUCCGGUAUUAUGAAGCCUGGCAUGGUUUUCACUGUGGAGCCAAUGAUCAACGAGGGUACCUGGCAUGAUAUGAGCUGGCCUGAUGACUGGACGUCCUCCACCAAAGAUGGUAAGGUGAGUGCUCAAUUUGAACACACUUUGCUAGUCACCGAGAAUGGCGUUGAAAUCCUCACGGCUCGCAACAAGAAGUCACCAGGUGGGCCGAGACCCAGAAGAAAGUAG